AGUUCAAUCUCGCACACCGCCGCUUGUGCAUGCCUGGCGCGCGGGGCGGUUCGAAUUUCGAACAAAGUUUAGCAGAUGCUCUAUUUUCGCGCCCUUCUUUCAGAAUUAGUUAUUCCUUUUUUUAAUUUUAAUAUCUAUGUUUUUGACAGUUGUUUUUUAUGUGAUUUGCGACUUUCAUAAAGUUUUUAGUGCUUCAUUAAAGUGGAAAAUACCUUUGUGGUUAAAGUUUAAAUGUUGCGGAACUGAGUUUUUCAGCGAAACAAUCGUUUGAGAAGUUUCCGGCAGCGUUUUAGAAGAAAUUAACUAACCUUUUUUCCGCAAGAUGACGAGCACGCCAGAUGCAAAUAAGGAAAAAUUUCAUAUGUAAACAUCUCGAGUAUGGUUUACAUACAGAGAUAAAUCACACAAGAAAUUCACAGGAUGCUCACGUAGACGACAAAAAGCGAAGAUGGGUGUGCCACACUCACAGACGAAAACUAUCGUAGUGAUUUUACUUUGGAACUUAUGUUUCUGCAGUAACGUAGUUAGAAGUAAGAGAAAAUAUCCGGAACUCAAUGCGAAUGACAAUCUAGAUAGUGAUCUUAGUUUUGAAUAUAAUAAAUUAAGAAGUAACACAACCAAAGAUAACAUUUACGAAACCGAUAUUUAUAUAAUUAAUGGAACCAAAAAUGACAAAUAUAAUAUGACAGUGAAACUAGAUAAAUUGUACGAUAUAGAAGAGACGACAGAUAAAUACGACAUGUUUAAUUAUACGGAAGAAAAGUGCGUUGGUGAUCCAGAAUUUUGUAAUAUGACAAAAGAAGAAUACAUGGACAUGCUUAAUGAAUAUAUUUUUCCUCAUCCUUACGAAUGGGUUCUUAUAGCUACACACGCUAUUGUAUUUAUCAUUGGACUUAUCGGGAAUGCUUUAGUGUGUAUCGCUGUGUAUAGAAAUCAUAGUAUGAGGACAGUGACGAACUAUUUCAUAGUUAACUUAGCGGUGGCAGAUUUCAUGGUGAUAUUGAUAUGUUUACCUCCAACGGUGCUGUGGGAUGUGACGGAGACGUGGUUCUUCGGUACGGCCAUGUGUAGGAUCGUCUUAUACUUCCAGUCUGUGUCGGUGACUGUGUCAGUUCUGACGCUGACCUUCAUCAGUGUGGACCGCUGGUACGCCAUCUGCUUCCCACUCAAGUUCAAGUCAACCACUGGACGGGCCAAGACCGCCAUCCUUAUCAUUUGGCUGUUAUCACUAUUGUUCAAUAUACCGGAAUUCGUGAUGCUGCAAGUGCAAAGGAAAAUGCAGCUCCGUUUCAACGUACAAUACUUCAUGCAGUGCGCGUCCACCUGGUCAGAUGACAGUGACCUCAAAUGGCACAUCAUAAAGGCACUUUUUCUCUACACGUUCCCUUUGCUACUAAUGACGAUCGCCUACUGUCAGAUCGUGAGGGUCCUCUGGAGAUCUGACAAUAUUCCUGGUCACACUGAAUCACAUAAACUGUGCACAACCCCAACUGGUCAGAAUAACUGGUUAGCUGUAAACCGUCGAACAGCGCCAUCUAUACACGCAAAUGCAUCAACCGAAGGACAAUUGCGUUCCCGACGGAAAGCUGCCAAGAUGCUAGUGGCUGUCGUUGCUAUGUUCGCUGUAUGCUACUUUCCCGUUCACCUACUAUCUGUAUUGAGGGUGGCCUACGACGUACAGCAGACUGAUGUGAUGACCUGUAUCGCGCUCAUCUCUCACGUGAUGUGUUACGCUAACUCUGCAGUUAACCCGCUUAUCUACAAUUUCAUGAGCGGGAAAUUCCGGAGAGAGUUCCACAGGUCUUACUUCAAAUGCUUUUGCUGUUGCCACAGCGGCGCUCCCCCUGAACAGAACGGGACCUCCUUCGCGCCUAUCGGUAGUUCCAGAGCUGGGACUACCAGGACCGUAGUCAGGAGGAACGACUCAUGCGCCAGCUAUAGACUCACCCAUCUCUCCCCUUCCAACCACAACAGCAUUCACAGGGACUACGUAAGAAACACCAACACAUCUUUCAUCGAACAAGUUAAUGGCAACAGGCGACCAAAAAUAAGAGACGACUCAAUCAGCGAAUCAGCGACUCGAUUUACUCUCACUACAGAUGUGGGUAGAGAUUGACAGUUGGGCAAAGAUUUGUACUAUACGGAUGUACGCAACAGAUCUGAGGGCAUUGUAACAUAUGUAGCUAAAAGCACUAAUAGUAUUGAUUGUAAGCCUUAUUACGAUUGUUUUAAAGGCGCCGGGGGUAGUGGCCAUUGUGAUUUUGUUGAUGCCAACGCAAUAGAUGAAAGAUAUAGUGACACUUGUACAGAUUACAGAGAGAAUGAUACUGAUUCAAAGGAGCUUUUCUCUUUGAAUGAUGAAACAAAGAACGGAUUCAGAUCUAAGUUUAACCGUAGUCUUAAUAGCUGUCAGAUU